UUGAAAGUCUUGACCACCUCUUGAACUUACAACAUCUAGAUCUGUCAUCAAAUCGCAUACAUUGGAUUGAAGGGUUAAGUUGCCUUGCAAACCUGCAUACCUUAAAUUUGGCUUGCAACUUGAUAACCAAAGUUGAAGAUAUCAGUGCUGUCUCUCAUACUGUUCUGAAUGGCUUCUCAAGACCCUCAGACAAAAGAAUUAAUAGUGCAGAUUCCCGCUUCCCAGAGCUUCUCCAAUGGAAAUGUCUAGACUAGUGUUUUGAAGAUAUGUUGACUGUACCUCACAGAAUUCCCUCAUCAUACUGGCUAGGGAAUUCCGAGAAUUGAAGUCCAUUUGUCUUCAAGUUGACAAGGUUGAGAAACACUGGUCUAGUACAAUACGUAAUACUACUUGUCGAAAAGCUGGAUCAAGCCUGUUUGAACUUUCCAAAGCUUGAAGAUUUAUUUGAAAAUGAAUUCAUUAGGAAAACCAUUUUUAAAGUAUUAGCUGGAAUUUAUAUUUCUGAAACUUGAGAAAUGGGCUGGAAAAUCUAUAUAAUUUAACUAAACUGAAUUUAUCUUACAACCGUAUAGAUGACCUUUCAGGUAAGAGAUUUUCGGUUCAAUCCUGUGAACAUCUACUCAAACCUAAAUGUUACUAACUUUGAAGGAACUUAUUUGGAAAUACCUAUGUGCAGAGCCUAUCACAGUGAUAGUCAUUGGCUUCAAAAUGUUAGGCACAGCCAAUUGAUGAAAGCCCUACCUUUUUUUAUGUGCAUGCAAUGCAUUUGAGGCAUAAUUUAAAGAGAGUAGGAUUAGGAUUACUGGAUGCAUGCACCAUUUUGAGGCCAAAGAUGCUGACACCCCUGAAUAUGUUUGUGCCACUGCGGUUUUGGAGGUUAUUAGAACUGUUAGAAAUAAAGGCAGUUUAUCAGCAGCACUAGCUCAAUACAUUCUAGUGUCUAUAGCUAUCAGCUUAUAAGGUAUUCCAGCAAGAAACACACCAAGAUGUACUAGCUCUAUUUUAUUGUAAGGUAACAUUAACAGAAUCUUGCAAGUCUGAAAGUACAUUUCUCGUCCGUUGCCUUUACAGUCCAAGAAAUUAGGAAGGGUCCCUUCUACGUUGCUUGCCAUAUCCACACUCCUUCUGACUGUUGCCCUGGCUGUGUCUCGUCCUGUCCCAAAACCAUUCCCACAUAUUUUUACAAUGGCUGAAAAUCCAAAUGGUGCCUGCUCUGUGAUGAUCUCAUAACAUAUUGACAAAUUGUCAUUCUUGGUUCCUAAAUCAAUGCCCUCUUUGAAUUAGUCUCUCUCCCCCCUAUUCCUUGGUUUGGCAAAAUCUGCUUUGCAAUCAUAAUUGUUCUGUGGAGAUAUGCACAAGCCUUUUCCCAAAAAAUAAAUAAAUAAAUUUGGAAUACUUUACAAAAGUAGAAGAACUUUUUUCCUAUUUUAAUUAAACUGUGCAUAGACAGAUGGUUUUUUGACAUUUCAUCGUUUAUUAUUGACUUUAUUUUUUAUAGGACUUCUACAUCUUCGAGGACCCAACUAUAAAAUUAAUCAUAUUGAACUUCACGGCAACUGUGUAAAUAACAUUAACCAUUUACUUCAAUGCCUUAGUGGAUUGCAAUACUUGACUAAUCUUACUUUGGAGAAAAAUGGAAAAAGUAACCCAGUGUGUGCCAAAAUAGGCUACAGAGAGAUUCUCCUUCAGGCUUUACCUCAGCUAUCCAUCUUGGAUGGGAAGAAUAUAUUUGGUGAACCGGUCAGCUUAAUGGAACCAAACUCAUCUGAUUUGAAGUGCUUGGAAGAUCUCUUAAGCUGUUUAGUUUCAUCCAGUUGUACAGAUGAAGAAGAGACUUAUGUUAAUUUGCCAAUAAUAACACCACGUAUUGAUCAAGUAUUAGCCCAGUUUCGCCAGAGGGCAAAGAUGUCAGCUUGGACUACCACUAGUUCUUCCACUGAAAUAAUGUCAUCUUCUGAGCCAGAAAAAAAUAAAUUUGAUAAUGACUCAAGGAUAAAAAAACUAGAAGAACAGAUAUCUCACCUCCUGCAAAAGGUUACUAAUUUUUCAAAAGCUGAUGUGACUGUCAAAGCCAAAAAAGAAACUGAUUUUGCCUCAGAAAGUGGUAGUGAAAGUGGAAAAGAGAAUAGAAAAACAAUUAAAAGGAGCAAGUUGCCUAAUUAUCGGAAAAGCACUUUAUCAACCAAGUUCCAUUCUCAAAGGGGCAAACUGUCAGCCAGAGAACAAGAGAAACAUUUCAUCAAGUCUAAGUUUCAAGAAUCCCACAUCAAAGAGGGAGAAAAUUCAAGCCCAGCUUCCGAAAUCGCAAGCUUGAAGAAAUUGGGUGGGCAGAAAAGUCAAAUGAAAAAAUUAAAAAAUGUGGAUACUGGUAUUCAAGAAGAAUUCACUUACAGGGCACUGAUUCAAGAAUUAGAUCAGGAGAGAGAGAAGCGAUGGAAAGCUGAACAAACUGAAAAGAAACUGAGUGAAAGCAUCAAGCACCUGCAGAAUCAGGCCAAAGAAGAAAAAGAUAUUCAAAGUUUAGCUGUUUACACUACAGAUAGGUUAAAGGAACUGAUUCUGAGAGAACGAAGUGCAAAGAGAAGACUUCAGACUGAUAUUCAGCAACUGAAAGAAGAAGCUGAAAAACUUGGUAAGGAGCUAGAGCGGUCCAAGCACAAAGAAAAGGAUCAACAAAAGACACUACAGACUUUAGAAGAAGCUCUCUCCAUGCUGGAGUCACAAAAAGCACAGCAGCAAGCUUCAGAGAUGAAAAGGAUUCAAAGUGUAGAACUUAAAGCAUCAGCAGCCGAGAGAGAAGUACAGUUACUUCGAAUAUCUCUACAGCAACAAAAAGAAAAGGUGGAACAAGUCCACGAACUCCUAAUGCUAAGAGAGCAGGAACACAGAAAAGAACUGGAAACCAGAGUUACAUUAAAUGGCUCAGAAUUUCAAGAAGCUCUGUCAAAAGAAGUAGCUAGAGAAGAACAGAGACAUAACGAUCAUAUUAAAGAACUACAGGAAAAACAUCAUCUAUUAAACCAGAAAUAUAAGGAUCUAGAGGAUGAGUUCCGUGUAGCCUUAACUAUAGAAGCCAAAAGAUUUUCAGAGGUUAAAGAAGGGUUUAAUAGACUCACUGCUGAGCUGGCAGAGCAUAAACAAGUUCUUCUCCAUUCUCAGCAAAAGGAAAAGCAAUCUUCUAAUUUGAUCCAUGAGCUGACAUCUGUGGUGAAAGAACAAAAAGAUAAAAUCACAGAAUUAAUCAGAUCAAAGCAAGACAUAGUGUACAACUUGAAAAGUCGGAUACAAACUCUUGAAAAUAUGGUAGAGGAAGACCAACAAAAGACAAUUCAACUUGAGCUUCUUAAGCAGGAAAAAUCAAAACUUAUCUCCCAACUAACAGCUCAGGAGUCUGUAAUUGAUGGAUUAAAAGCAGAAAGAAAAAUAUGGGGAGAGGAGCUGGCACAGCAAGGAGCUUCCCUUGCUCAAGAUCGCGGAAAAUUGGAAGCCAAAAUAGAAGUUCUAACUAGUGAGACUGAAACUUUGAAAAAACAAAACGAAUCUCUCAAUGAUGUUUUGCAGAUUAAGUCUAAAAUUGUGGAAGAUCAAACCGAAACCAUUAGAAAGCUGAAAGAAGCCUCACAGAACCGAGAUGAGCAAAUAAGAAAGCUUCAUGAAGACAAUAUUGAAACACAGAAGAGACUUCAAGUACAACUACAGGAAAAAGAUGCACAGUUAGAUAAUUUAUUGGAAAAAUUAGAAAGGCAAAAUGAGAGAAAAGAGGAACUUAAACAUCAAUUGCAAGAAAAGGAUGCUGAGCUGAAUGAUAUCAAGGAAUCCUAUAGUGUGAUGAAUAAAAAAUGGCAAGAUAAAGGUGGAUUGCUGAGCAAGUUGGAAGCACAAGUUAAACAAAUGAAAGAAAACUUUGAUAUCAGGGAGCAGCAGUUGAGAGAGGAAAGAGAUAAAAGUCUUCAAGCUCAGAAGAUUAUGAUAGAAAAACUUCAUUCUAUGGAUGAUGCUUUCCGAAGACAGCAUGAAUCAACCAUUGCAGCACAUCAAGCAGAACUGCUACAACUAGCAAAUGAAAAGCAGAAACAAAUUGCAGCAGCCAAUGAAAAGGUUUACCAGGUUGAAGAAGAAAUGCGUCAGUUACUACAAGAAACUGCAAAGAAUAAAAAGGCUAUGGAAGAGAAAAUAAAAUGGCUAACAGUUGCUUUGAGUGAUAUUCAGCAAGGACUCUGAGAUACAUCUAUAGCACACUUGGCAUUUGUAACCAUCAUUACGGAUUGUUUGAUGAUAGGAAAUGCUGCCUGUUGCCAUAAGUUAUAUUUGUACUUUAUGUAAAUAUUUUCAGAAUAAAAGUUUCCUUUUGUUAAACUAU